GAUCUCGGGACAAGGAGCGAGGAUGCCGAUAGAGAGCGGUCGCAAUUGAGCCGACAGAAUCCGCCAGCGCUAACACCACUAAGCCGCAGCGCGCCCUGUCCUCAAGUCGUGCUGCCUGCAGAGUGCUGAUGAAUUCAAAUCAGAUGAGAGGAAAAGCAAUUGACGCCUUUAACUCUUUUGCAGGCACUGCUGAUUUAUAUGCCGUGGAAAGAAUGCCUCGUACGUAUGCAGGGCGCCCAUUUCUUCUUACCUACCUACUAGGUACAGGUACUAAGAUAAGGUGCCCAUUUAGCUGGCCACACAUCUUCGGCUUCAUCGCGCUGAUUGGCUGGUUCUUCCAGAAAAGUAUCCACAAAUUUAUCCAGGCACUUCUCGCGUAUCGCCGUCAAGAAGCGCAGCCUCAAUCUAGUCUUCACGACGCUGAAGCAGCAGAAAAUCUGUAGAGAGAAGUCCCUGGCCUUGAAGCAGAUUUCAAUUUUCGUCAAACAAUUCCAAUUGUUCAUUUACGCUCUUUUUACUGGCAAUUGGCAGAGAAUUUUGUUCAUCGUCUGGCAAGAUAAGCUGCCAUAUCUGUGGCUUGCCGAAGGAGAAAUU